AACAAAAAUUCCAUUUUCUUUCUUUUAUUAUCUGCCGCCAAACAGGAAAGGAUUCAAAGCACUUACCUCUUCCAUCAUUAUCUCAGAAAAUGCCGAGAAAAGGAAUGAGGAGCCUUUGCUUUAGCUCCAGGACGCCCUCGUUUUCCAUCUCCCACCAAUCAACCUCACAAUCUUCCUCCAGUACUCCUCGCCGGAGAUUCACCGAUUCCAUGAUCGACCAAACCAUCGACGCCGCCGCUUCUAUUAUCAUGAAAUGGGACGCUGAAACCUCGGCUUACGCUCAAGUGACCUCUCUUUUCUAUGAAAGCAAAAGAGAAGCCCUGCAGUUCAUAAGAUCUGUCAACGACAUACAGAAAACCAUGCAUUUGUUGAUUUCCGAUCAAGAAUCCAGUUCAGAAAAGCUCAUUAGAGCUCAAAAUUUGAUGCAAAUAGAAAUGAAGAGGCUUCAGAAAGAGUUCUACCAGAUAUUGUCGAUGAAUCGGGCUCAUUUGGAUCCGGAAGUGGUUUCGACCCGAUCUUCAUUGACAUCGCCAAGAUCUAGCAUGUCAGUUUUCGAUGAUGACAGUUCACCGGACGAUGAGAUCCGCAAGGCAGGAGAUUCCAUCACUGAAAUAGAAGAAGUUUCUUCCAUGGCCAUGUCAGAUCUGAAAUUGAUAGCCGAUUGCAUGAUCGCUUCAGGUUACGCCAAAGAAUGUAUUCACAUUUAUAAAAGUAUUCGAAAAUCGAUCAUCGAUGAAGGUAUCUAUAAGCUUGGAAUCGAGAAGAUAAGCUCAUCUCAGGUUAAUAAAAUGGAUUGGGAUGUACUGGAUUUGAAAAUCAAAAACUGGUUAGAAGCAGAGAAUAUUGCGAUGAGAACGCUUUUCACCGGAGAAAGAAUCCUCUGCAAUCAGGUCUUUGCUACGUCCGAUUCCAUUAAAGAAUCUUGUUUUACGGAUAUCUCAAAAGAAGCAGCCACGCUCCUGUUUGGGUUUCCUGAGCUCGUCGCAAAGACCAAAAAAUACCCGCCGGAGAAAAUAUUCCGAGUUCUCGACAUGUACUCGGCCAUUUCAGAAGAUUGGCAAGAGAUCGAAACAAUCUUCUCUUUCGAAUCGACUUCCCCCGUCCGAGUACAAGCUCUCAACUCGUUGGUUCGACUCAGCGAGUCUGUUCAUUUGUUGUUGAUGGACUUUGAGUCAACAAUCCAAAAGGAUUCAUCCAAAAAGAUGAUUCCCGGCGGCGGGUUGCAUCCUCUUACAACCACCUCCAUGAAUUACCUCACUCUCCUCGCCGAUUACAGCAACAUUCUCGCUGACAUUAUGGCGGACUGGCCACCGCCGGUAAAAUCAUCAUUACCGGCAUCCUUCUUAUACAGUCCAGAGUCCGAUGAUUCUUCGGCCCCGGCGAUUUCAGUCCGUAUUGCUUGGCUCAUCCUCGCCCUACUCUGCAAACUCGACGGCAAAGCAAAGUAUUACAAAGACAUCUCAUUAGCAUACCUAUUCUUAGCCAACAAUCUUCAACACGUGAUCUACAGAGUCCGUACAUCGAAUCUCCAGUACAUACUCGGCGAGGAAUGGAUUACAAAACACGAAGCUAAGGUGAAACAAUUCGCAGCGAAUUACGAGCAGUUAGCGUGGGGCGAAGUGUUCGCUUCAUUGCCGGAAAAUCCAACGUCCCCGAUCACACCUGGAAAAGCUAAAGACCAUUUUAGGAAAUUCAAUUCAAGCUUUGAAGUAGCGUACUGGAAGCAGAGUUCUUACGUUAUACCCGAUUCAAAAUUGCGAGAUGAGAUUAAGGUUUCAAUCGGGAGAAAACUCGUUGCAUUAUAUCGAGACUUUUACAAUACGCAUAGAUCAACUGUGGGAGAUGAAAGGAUGGCGAGAUUAUUUGUUAGAUUUUCACCUGAAGAUAUCAGGAAUUACUUAUCGGAUCUAUUUUUCGGGACAGCGAGUUCUGGAAGUUCGUCGAAGUCGUCUUCGGUAUCGUCUCAUCAUCGCCGGCAAAUACGAUCGCCGUUAAGAGUGUAAAUCUUUUUCUAUUAUUUAAAUGAAAGAUAAAAUAAUUGAG